AUGCUACCCAGAAGGGUAUUCUAUCCGUGCCAUAUGGCAUCUCAUAUUCCAUUUAUCAAAAGUUAUUUUCCAAAAGAAAUCAUCGAUACGAUUGAAUUUUUGAAGGACGGAUUCGCGGUCAAUGAUAAUCGAAUUUCGUUGUUUGAGGAGGGAAAGGGAGUUUUGAAGAAUCUUUUACUUUUCAAAUCGUUUCCAGGAAGUCAUUUGAAGUUUGGAAUUCCUCUUACAGAGCCAUAUGAUACCUCCCCAAUUCAAUACAAAGACGACGAAAACUACACCUACAUGUACAAAAACGACAUCUACGUCUACAUGCAACAUUUGGGUUACUAUGAUUUCUUCGGAGUGCCUGAAAACGAUUUUAUCAGCUCGUGUGUAGCAUAUUUUCUCAAAACCCACGAAAUGAAAUAUAAUGGAAAUUGCGAAUUGACAGAAUUUGAUCAUGUGGAGUGGGAAGAAAUUCAAGCGAAAUUUCAUAAAUUUGUGAAGGAAGAAAUGGAAAAAGGGAUUGAAAGGGUGAAAGAGGCACCGACAACCAUUCCAGACGUCUUCGAAACUGUAAAAGGGAUUCUGCCUCCGUGCCCUCGGGAUCCAGAAUAUUCGGAUAUUGCAGUACUGGUCCACAAGUUUGAUGACAAAUUUCCGUUGAAAGGAAACGAAGAAACAUAUGGAAAUCUAUUGCAUUGGCUGGAAAUUGUGAUCAAAAAGCAUGCAGAAAUAAUUGAACAAUAUGAUUGUUGGUUCCUUCCGGAUUCUGAGAAGACGCAUUUUGAUGCAAAACUUGUGCGGGUUUUUGAAAAUGAGGAACGGGAUUUUGUGAUGGCUUACGAGACAUUGCUCAGACAUGACAAUCAAUCGGCUCAUGACGGAUUGAAGAAAGGGAUUGAGAGCUCGUCGACACAUAAAACCAUCAGAUAUGAGGAAAUGAUCAAGAAGUAUGGGGGUCAGGACUUGUUUAAGUUCGUCAUCUGCUCGAUCCCCCGAGCAGAUCGUGCUCCGAUCCCAAUUCCAACUGUCAAUGGAAAAUACUGCUAUUUUGCAUCAGACGUCGUUAUACUUGUUCUCCAGGACCUUAUCACAAUGACUGGACUCUUUCAACACGUCCACGCAGACAAUUGGAACCUUGUCCAUAAAAUUUUCGAUGACUUUGGCAAAGAUUUAUUCAUAAUGAAUGAGUCGGUCCCAUUCUUCAUUGACACUCUAAAAGUUGAUCAUCUCCGACAGACGCUUCCUUCCUAUCUGCUCAACGUUUUUGGACCGGAAUUACAAAAAAUCAAGGGACUUCAAGAUAAGCCAGUUUUUGAACCAUGCACAUGUGAGGAGAUUAUCAAAUACCAGGGACUAGAAAAAGCAAUGCCUGAUCUCUCUGACUAUAAUCUACCGAAAUUGGAAUUGGUUUUUGAGACCGAGGCAUGCGCUUAUCAAUCGAUGGAGAUUGUUCAGUUGAAUGCUCUGUUGUCUAAGUAUUUAGAAAAGCCCGCCUACUUCGUCCAUACCCAAGGAGUGUGCAAAGGAGUUCCGAUGACUUGCAGAAUUUGUGUCAGAAAGGAGCACAUGCAGAAAGCGGCGGUGGACCUCAGAGAAAAGUUUGCCAGCAUUGUUCUUGAACACAAAAAGGUCAAGGAAGAGGCAGAGCGGGCAGCUGCUGAACAAGCUGAAAAAGCUGAGCAAGCAGGACAAGCGGCUCUGGAAAAUCCCAACCAGCCGGGAUCAUCGGAUCCGCCGAAACCGAAAGCUAAGCCUUGGAAAAAGGACAAGAAGAAUAAGAAACAAGGACCGAAUCAGGGGAAAAAGAAGAAAUGA